AUGGAGUACGUCAACAACAUAUACGCCUGGUCGACAACCAACCCGCCCUCGACAGAGGCGAAGAUCAUGACCGUCACAAUCUGGAAGGCGGACGGCACGCAGUUGGACGAGGAGAGCACGUCCGAGCCAGUGAACGUUUUCGCGAACCUUGAGCUCUAUUCCAGCGUAGUGUGCUUGAACUGGAAUCGAUUUGCGGACACUCAGGGCGGUUCGUGGUCGCAGUCUGGCAUCAUCAACAACGGGACUGGCUGCCUCUCGACACAUCUGGUCCAGGACGUGGGCAUCUUCGUGGAUGGCCGCACGGCAGCUAGUGCCAGCCUCACUGACAUGGCCUCCGAUUGGCAGCGUGAGGUCUGGGAAGAUAAUUGCAUAAAUUGCGCGGGUCAGUCGGACUACAACAAGUUUGUCAUGGCGCUCAUGGGCAUGGUAUCCUUCGUCGGAGUCCUGCUGAUCCUCUUGGGCUAUGUGACCGACGAGUUCCGGAGGAGCAGUAUGAGGAGGAACAAGGUCAAGUCACGCUAUUACUACGACGGCGACGGCCUCACUGGCCCAAUGAGCGUGGACGACCCCAUCGACUACGCGCACGCGAGCAGAAAGCCGCAACUGAUAGUCGGCACCCUGCUCAACGUGGUCAGGCGCGAGCAUCUGCUCAUCGGCCUGUUCUACUUCCACGAGACGUUCACGAGGCCGCAGCGCGUCCACUGCCUGAUCGCGCUCGUCAUGGCCAUCCUGGCCGUGAACGCCGCGGUGCAGAGUCACCAGGGCUACAUGCAGGCGCCGGAGACCUUCGUGGGGCCGGGGAUCCUGUCGGGGCUCCUGACGUUCCCCAUGUUCUGCAGCCUCUUCAUGAUGUUCAGCAUGCGCCCCUCGUCCAUCAAGAAGCGUCUGAUCAAGAGGGCACUGACCACGCGCGAGAUCGACAUGAUCAACGACCAGAGGCGGAAGUUGGAGCAGCAGACCGCCAAGAGGCCGCCGCCCGGCUACCUGGCGGCGCCGCCCCCGCUGCCCGGCAGCCUGCCCGGCCAGAACACGCUGCUGGCGCUGUCCGCGCCGCUGCCGCUGCCGCUGGCGCCACCAGGAAUGCCCGGCGGGAUCCUGGCCCCCGGCGGGCUCCCCGCCCUGCCCCCGCAGCCGGCCCCUGGAGGCCUGCCUGGCAUGCUGCAGCUCCCGGCGCUGCCGGGCGGGGCGGGCGGCGCGCUGCCGCCGCCGCCCCGGGUGCCGCCGCCCCGGGGGGGCGGGCCGGCGGCGCUGAUGCCGCCGCUGCAGUGGCCGAAGGUGGGCGCCCCGCCCGUGCCCUACCCCGCGCUCCAGGCGCAGGAGGGCUCCCUGGGCGGCAGCCACGCGCAGCCCCACCUGCCCAUGCUGCCCAGCCUACAGGGCGAGACGGGGGGCACGAUGCAGGCGCUACCGUCAAUCUCCAUGACGAACGCCCGCGCGGCCCUGCCCCUGCGCGAGAUCCAGGCGGCGCUCCCGGCCGCGGAGGCCGAGGUCAUGCCGCCGGGCAUGGUGCACGAGGACGGGGUGCAUAAGAUGGCGCCGCCCGGCACGCCCCCGAGCAACGACAUGCCCCUGCCGCAGCGGCCGCCAGAGGCGUUCACCCCGCCGGGGCAGUCCCCGCGCACGCCGCUCGGGCCGCCCGGGGGCGGCGUGGGCUCCCUCACGCCCGCGGGCUCGGCGAGGGGCUCGGAGAGCGGCGCGGCGCGCGGCGCGCCGCCGGCGCCGCUGGUGGCCCAGCACGAGGGCGGGCCCGUGCCCCUCUUCAUCCGCGGCGCCCCGCCCCCGGGGCUGCAGGGGCCCACGGGCCCUGGCGAGACGCCCCUGCAGGCCCUCGCGAGGGUGCCCGGGCCGCCCCUGCCCAGCAUGGGGCCCCCCGUGCCCUCCGCCGCGGGGCCGGGCUUCGGGGGCGGGCCGGGCGCCGCCUCGCAGCCGCUGCCGCCCUCCGUGCCCCCGCCGCCGCCCCCGCCGAGGGAGGACGACCAGGCGUUCGUGCGCCGCAUCCGGCUCACGUACAUGGACAAGGUGCACAUGGAGCACGAGAAGCACGAGCUGCAGGAGCACCUGCAGGCGCUGGGGAAGAAGACGCCCUCCUGGGUGUUCGAGGUGAUGGUGCUGAUGCCGUACGCUGCGACCAUCACCUUCACGGUGGUGGGCGCGAUGGUGACGCUGAACUUCGGGGUGAUGUUCAAUGACACGCAGGAGGAGCUGUGGGUGCAGGGGUCCGAGGUCGGCUUGGCGCUCGUCGUGUUGCUCUUGGACUUCGUGCGCGUCACCAUGGUCACCCUGGUGGAGCUGCGCAAAUACGAGAACCGCAGGAAGUCGAAGGCCGGCCAUUUCCUCCCCCGCCAGGUGCAGAAGCCGGGCGACAACAGGAAGCUGGCGCCUCCAGCCAAGUUCUGGCACAAGGCGAUGGCCGCGCCUCGGGUGCCGAAGGGCCUCGGGGCGCCAUCGCCCCCCCCGGCGAGGCCGCGCUUCCUGCCGCCGGGCGACGGGGUGCCCCCGCUGCCCCCCCCCGCCAAGAAGGCCGGGCCGGGCGUCCACCGGGCGCUGCCGCCUGUGGCGCCGGCGCUGCCGGUGGCCGCUGCCCCCGCCCUGACCAAUACCGCGAAGCAGCCGGCGUUCUCUGCCUCGGCGCUGCGCUUCACCGGCGGCACGCCCCCGGGCUCUGUGGGCGGCACGCCCAGGUCAGUGCUGUCCGGCACCGGAAGGUCUGGCCCCCCCGCCUUCGGCGGCGCUGGCACGCCGCCGCCGCGCCCCAGCGAUCUCGACACGACCCUGAGGGGCGGCACGCCGCCGGGCACGCCCCCGGGCGGCACGCCGCAGGGCUUCGGCCCGGGGCCGAGGCUGGCGUCGGCUGGCGAGCUCGCCGGCGCGCACUCCGGGGCCGCCACGCCCCCGUCGCCGGCGCGCUCGGGGACGUCGUUCCGGGGGCUGGCGGAGUCGCUGAACCAGCAGGUGCAGGCCAGCCGGCGGACCACGCCGCCGCCUCCGCCGCCAGGCGCGGGCCCCGCGGCGAGCACCGCCGCCCCCGCCGCCGCGGGGGCGGCGCCCCCGUCCGCGCCGUCGGCGCCGCCGCCGAGCUACAGCCGGCCCUCCAGCAGGCCGGGCACCGCUGGCAGCCAGGCGAAGCGCGGCGGCGCUCCAGGCCCCGCGCUCCCGAAGACUCCCGAGCAGGGCGGCCCGUGA